CUGAACCCACCACUCCCUCAACCUAUAACAAACCACAUCCAGCUCCUUCACAUAACCCACCCUCCCCUCACCAAUGGACCACUUCCGCCACACCGCCAACAUCGGCACCCACACCCUAAGCUACGCUUUACGAGGCAUCCCCCGACAACCGGGCACCCCCCUCGUGAUAAUCCUCACCGGAAUCACCAGCAGCGCCUUAGAAUGGAGCGCAGUCUGCCGGCAUCUCGAACACGAAGCCUCCAUCCUCCUCUACGAACGCUCCGGCUACGGAAAAAGCGAGACCACCACCGCGGAACCCGACUCCGUAACCAUCGUCGAUGAACUAUCCCGCCUACUCAUCACUGCAUCCCUGCCACCGCCGUACCUAGUAGUCGGACAUUCCUGGGGCGGGAUGCUCGCACGCGAAUUCCUCGCCGCCCACGGCCCGGACAAGAUCUGCGGAAUGGUACUAGUAGAUGCGGUGCAAGAACGGAUGUUAUUCAAGACGUGGCCUGAUCCCAGUAUCGCUGCGGUUACGGCGGAGAUGGAUUAUAUGGAAGUUGUGGGGUUGAAGAGUGAUUAUCGGUUGACUGAGGAUGAGUGGGCGGAGUUGAUGGAUGAGGAAGAUAGUACUCAUCAUUCGCAGCAGGCGGUUCGCGAACUUCCUUAUUUGCAGAUUAGUCGUGCGGUUCUAGCCGAGAAGCAGCAGCUACGUCCUGGAUUGGAUCUGCUGCAGGGAAAGCCGCUUAGUGUGCUCCGUGGGAAUUCUCAACGUGAUCAGCAGCGCAUGUAUGAUCGGGCUGUGGCAUUGGGGCUGGGGACGGAGGAACAGAGAGAGACUUUUCGCAAGUAUCUGGAGAUUUGGGAUAGUGGUGAAGAGGAGUUCCAGCGGGAGUUGUUGAAUUUGUCGAGUAAUGCCCGAUACUCCGUGACAAGACGGAGUGGGCAUAAUAUUCAGAUUACGGAGCCGGAGCGAGUCGCUGAGGAAAUACGGUGGGUACUGCAGAGGACUGCAGCUGGUGCUGUCUGAGAGUCAGCAUGUGUCAUUGAAUCAGGAAUUAAAAU